GCAGCUGAGAAGGUGUCGUCUCUCGGGAAGAACUGGCAUCGCCCGUGUCUGCGCUGUGAGAGAUGCAGUAAGACUCUGGCUCCCGGCAGCCACGCAGAGCAUGACGGACAGCCGUACUGCCACAAACCGUGCUACGCUGUGCUCUUCGGACCCAAAGGUGUGAACACCGGGGGCGUCGGCAGCUACAUCUACGACGACCCUGAAGGCGAAGCGCAGCCUUGAGCCGCCGACGCUGCUUCCGCCACCCGGACGAAGCUCCGCCUCCAGGACCCUCAAUGUCUCUUUGAUUUGCCUUCAACCGUCAAGGUGACAAACGAUAUGUACUGCACUCACAGGGACGGAUACGUAGAUGUUUCUGUUGUAUUUGUAUAUUGUUUAUAUACUGUAUCUAUUUUUUGUACUGAAUCAGACCUUUAAUAUUUCCUCCCAUGUGAGUUUCACAUUUGCCUUUCAGUUUCUCCGUUCUCUUUGCCAAACACGUGUUAGCCUCGUUUGUAGUGGAUUAAAGCGUCUGUGUUUUUUCACUCACGAUUGAUAGUUUUUGAACUUUUGUGCACUUGUAUGAAAAAGAAAACCCAGCCCACCAAUGUAUUGUCAGUGUUUUUUGAACAAGUUAGAGUGAAGGAGACGUAGUUUUUACUGAUGGUUAUGAAGGUGAGUUUGGGUUCUGUGGUCAAACGUUUUCUACAGUAAAACUGUGUGAAAUCAAA